AUGAAAAGACGAGUUCUCGGCGAAGAGGUGGUAAAGGCGAUACGCUUCCCGGUUAUGAAGGGAGAGGAGUUUGCUGCUAUCGUCGUUGAUACAAACAUUCUAACUUCAAGUGAAAUAAUCAGCUUGUUUAAGUGUUUUACUCUACAUACCACUGGUGGGUUUGUUGGGUUUUCUAACACUCCAAGGCGGCGAUUACGUUCCGCAGAUUUCAUCCACUGCUGCAGAUUUCCCACAUAUACUGUCCACAGGUGGUUAUCCAAUGAAGAAAGGAGACAUCGUAUUUGUUUUUCUGUAGACAAGAACAUUACUUUACAUGGAAUCUGCUUAUUUGGCAGUGAAAAUGACAGCGACACAAUAACCUUGCAAGUUAUGGAUCCUGUUAGUAAUACGUUGUUGAUAUCCAAAUCAGGAACAUAUUUUUCAAAACUAUUGCAUUGUAAACAUUUUAGUUACCACGGAUUUGAAGUUAUGUUCGACUCUGUAGCUUUGUUAAAGAAGAACACUACGUAUCGUGUCGAUGCGUCAAUAUUCAGUCGAAGUUCUGAAUUUGGAAAGAGCGGGCUGCGUACUGUGAAUGAGUCCAGUGUUAAGUUUACAUUUUCUUCUGUAGCUUCUAAUUUUCGCAACUUUACAAGCCUUGAUGGAGGUCAGUUUGCAGACAUUAUGUUUUCUACUUAGUUUUUUAGUACCUCGCACCAAUCGCAGGGAUUGACUAGACCUGACUACAGUAGGACAAUCAAAUAAAUCAGGAAAAUAAGUCAGGUUAAGACUUGCAGUGGUUAGGGAGUAAUCGUUUAUUAUGUCCCGGGGGGGGGGGCUUUUAGGAAACUGUGAUGUAACAAACCUUUCCCCGCCCCCUAAAAAAUAAUAAUAAUUUUACAUGAGAAUUGUACCCCACUUGGCAAAAUCUCUUAGACCAAGUUUAUAGAUAAUAUGUUUUACUCUCUUUCCUUCCUUGGAUAUUGACUUCAUAUAGGAUUUAUGCUAUACCAGUAGACUGUUAAGGUACAUUGUAGAAGUAGUGGGUAUUUCUUGGUGUUGUGAGAAACCUUUGUAGUUGGUUAGCUUUUGUGAAAAGGUGUGGGUAUUAGAAAAAUCCAACUAGUGGUCUAAUAGGUUCUCAUUUUGUUGCUUUGGUUAGCAUCUUUUCUAGUGUCCUUAUUUAUUUCACUCGGCCAUCUUUGUAGUUCAAUAUCCUGAAGUUGUUGCCUGAUAAUGUUUAUGAUUCCUAUGUUUGCAUAGUGUGCUUUCAUCCAGAGUUCUCCUACCCCUAUCUGUUCCAAUAAGCUUUUGAGUUUCUUGCUCCAGAAAGCUUUAUUUUCAUUCCAGUUAAUGCAGUGUGAAUGCUAUUUGGGAUAAUUUGUCUUCAUUUUUGAUUAAGGUUAUCCAGAACUUAAAGUUCCAACAUUGGGCUUCAAUAGAGUACUUAAGUGUGACGUCAUAAAAAUCAUGGGAUUUGUCAAGAUAUUCUGAAAGAACAAUGUCCAAGAGGCCUACUUGCCAAAAAUGAGCAUUUUGGGGCAAAUUGUCUCUGAGAUCGUAGCCCAGUUAUACUUAGAAAACUCCAUACAAACCCUUCUAAAUUUUUUUGGGUCGACCCAUAAAAAUUAGAAGGGUUUGUAUGGACUUUUCUGAGUAUAAACGGCUAACACCUUUAUAUAGAGGGAAAGCCGUUUUCAUAAAAACCCAUGAAACGGCCAUAAAUCGGCCCGUGAACCACACAGGGGAGACGUAACACACAUUUUAGGUAAGGUAAGCUGUUUUUUAUUGAACUCCUUUCAUUUUCGUAGGUAACAGAAACGAUAGGUUUUUGUCCGAUACAAAUCCUUAUAUUUCGAAUGUUACGGGACAAUGCCGAUGUUCGCCGAUGUUCAUAUUUCGAGUUUGGGCUACCUGUGAUGGAAGGCUGAGAAAUAUGUAUCAAGUUUACAAAACCUCCAUGAUAUUACUGUAAGCACUAGAAGUGCUUGUCGGUUUACACUUUAUAAAUUAUCCAGGUUUUAGCUUUUUUUCAAGAAAUAUUCCAUGGAGAAUGUUGAGCCUUAGGACUUCAAUUUUUUUUAAGCCCCUGCCCCCUACCCCAGUUAAAAAUACGCUCCGCCGUCCAUGUAGGAUGACGUAAAACAGAAAAUCCCGAAGGGACCGCUUAGGUAGAUUUUCUGAAAUUCACUGUACAGUCAUACAGUGUACUUCGAUACUCUUUUUGCGUUAGGUAUUAUCAGUGACAUUCUAUGGAGCGGCUGUUUUGAAAGUUGUGGACCAAAAUACACUCGUAAUUAAAAAGCGCCGAUAAAGUUAUAAGGGACUAAGGGAUGAAGGGAUGAAGUUGUGAUGGAUCUCUCGUGGCAAAUGGGUCUGUUCUGUUCUGACUAUCCUUAAAACCGAGGGAGUUAAUCGAUUUUUGAAAACAGUUGAGUUCAUUUGCUGAGACCCCUAGCGUAUACGCUCAGGUAUUAAAAGGUCGAAUGCUGGGGUGACGCUUUUUGGAGAACCGAUGUACUUCCUAAUAUGGAAUCACUGAUACGCUAGCCUCCCACGCAGGCGUUCUUUUAGGGCUUCUACCCCCGCCGCCCCCCCCCCCCGCCCCCCUGUCCCCCCCCCCCACCCCAACGGGAAAAGGAACGCGUGACGAAGCUUCACGAACAUUUGGGUGGAAGGCCACUGAUACGCGAGACUGUCACGAAAAUAUAAUGAACAGUUCACGAGGAAAAAUUCCACCAUGAUCGGAAUCCAAAAUGAACCGGAUUGACUUAUUCCGGACAAGAAAAAGCCUACUACUCGCGGACCUGGCUUAACUUGGUGUGCUCAAAAGAGUUUGCGUCAAAAUUACGCAACCUUAGCUUAUUUUUUAACAAGAGCCCAUUAUGGCUCUUUUUUUUUACCUGAUAGUAUCUUAAUUAGGGAACUUAAGCAAAGGCCUUUUUAGAACGACGCACGUCAACCGGAAGUGAGGCCUUCUCCCUUUUUAUAUGCCUUAACGCCAGCAAAUUUGUAUUGCUAAGUUUCUUUUCUCUUAUAAAGACGAUUUACCCGAGAGUUUGAACCAAACCAUUGCCCAAUGAUGUUAAAAGUCCACUUCCGGUUGACGUCGGUCGCUCAAAAACGCUGUUGCUUAAGCUCCCUACAAUUAAGAGCAACACACGAAGUCCGUUCAGAAUAACUGGACAUAUAGCAUUAUUUGCAAUCAACGGUGAGACGGAACGCUACUUUAAUAUCGAGCACGAAGAGUUUUUUAUUCUCUCUUCACGGAAAAUAUUCACAAGAAAAUUAUUCGUACACACCGGUUCACAAAACACUCGUCAACUCUCGUCGGCUCCGCUACCUACCUGCUGAACUAGAGGGAGGGAAGCGAAGGGACCGCGAACGACCUCGGACGUCUGAGAAUCGGGCUACCUGCAAACAUGCAUGUUUUUGUUCGUUGAUUAUGUUAUAUAACAAAGGUUUUCUUUUUUUAAGUGGUGGAUGUUCUUUGAGAACCGGGCUUGAAAAAUUCGUCAUUGGCUAUUUUUUAGACGGGGAUGCCUUUGGAUGCCCUUCAAUUCUCUUAUUCCAUAUUUGGUUCCUUCUGUAGGGCUGUAGGUUACCGAGGCACAGAUUGCGUAACACAAAAGAAACUCUACAACAAACGAACAAUAAAGCCACCAGGUGAACUCUACUGUUUCGUUUGUUUGUUUCUUUAGUGAUGACGUUACCCUUGAACGUUGCACCUGUAGAAAGACCCCAUAUUUGGGCAAAAGUAUUUCGUGCUUCUGAUUGGACAUCUGAAUACCCAAACAUAAAUAAAUAAGAGCAUGAUAAACUUCUGGUCAGUAUAACAGUGAUUGCGAAAAAUCGAGGCAGUUUGACGUUCUGCAACAGUAUCAGUGAACGAAUAUGUUCAUCGAAACAACCUGGCAAACAACAAGACCCAGUGUAACAGGAAGAGUUACAUUUCUGCUCGACAACGAUCACUUGAGCGAUGUCAAGUUUGUUGCUGCAAACAGCAAUGGCGAAAGUAAACAAGUGAUUCCAGCUCACAAAUUCAUACUGGCGAUUGGCAGUCCCGUGUUUGAAGCCAUGUUUUACGGUGAACUGGCGGAGACUAAAGACACUAUUGAACUGCCUGACUGUGAUUACGAGAGUCUGUUGGAGUUGUUUCGCUACAUUUACAGCGAUGAAGUGAAUUUGAGUGGAAGUAAUGUGAUGGCAGUGCUGUACUUAGCAAAGAAAUACAUUGUGCCUUCACUCGCCGACAAAUGCAUGGAUUAUCUGAAUGAAAAGAUAAACUCUCUGAAUGCUUUCAGCAUUCUUCCAUGGGCACAAAAAUAUGAGGAGAAAUCGUUGGUCGAUCGAUGCUGGAAAGUGAUUGAGAAUCAGACGGAAGCGGCUGUCGAAUCGGAAGGAUUUGAGACAAUUGGCAGAUCCUUACUUGAGGAAGUUGUCGCAAGAGAUAAUUUGUCGAUCAAAGAGGUCUCCUUGUUUCAAGCUGUAGAUCGAUGGGCAACAACACAAUGCGAAAAGCAAGGUUUGGCAGAAGAUGGUCCAAUUAAAAGACGAAUCCUCGGCGAAGAAAUGAUAAAAGCCUUGCGCUUCCCGGUUAUGACAGGAGAGGAGUUUGUUGUCAACGUGGUUGAUACGAACAUUCUAACUUCAGAUGAAGUAGUCACCUUGUUUAAGUACUUUGUAGUACCAACUUCGCCCACCCUUGUCGCGUUUUCCAAGACUCCGCGGGGGAAAUUGACCCAUGCUGCAGAUUGCAUAACCAGCUGCAGGUUUCCCACAUGUACUCCGACAUCGUGGAAUUACCAUGGAGAGCGCAGUGAUUUGCUCUGCUUUUCUGUAGACAAGAACAUUACAUUGCAUGGACUCCGCUUAUUUGGCAGUGAAAAUAACAGCUACACAGUAACACUGAAAGUUACGGAUACUGGUAGUAGAACAACUGUAGUAUCCAAAUCUGGAACAUAUUAUCCAAAACUUUUGCACUCCAAACGUUUUAGUUAUCAUGGAUUUGAAGUCAUGUUCGACUCAGCAGCUGUGUUAAAAAACAACACAAGUUAUCUUGUUGAAGCGUUGAUAUCAGGUCCAUGGUCUGGAAAAGGAGAUAACGGGCUGGGUACUGUGAAAGCGUCCAGUGUUACGUUUACAUUUUCUUCCGUAUACAGGGAAGACAGCAACAAUACAAAUGUCAACGGUGGUCAAUUUCCAGAAAUUCUUUUUUCUCAGUAG